GCGCUACAAACCGUUCCGGAUGGUUCAUAUCGCGGCGCGCUGCCACCGCGGCAACACGUUUUCGCGAGUGCUCCCGGAGAGGUCUUGUGCCGCACGACAGCUGUUGUCUGCCGCUUUUUCUCGAUCUUCGAUUCCGUAGUUUUCUAAGAAAAGUCGGUGGAUACACGAUACCGAUGAAGGCUGGUCGUCUGUAACUUGUAGAACAAUCAAAUCUCGGAUUCAUAUGUUCUGGACGUGGCGCGAAACACACUGGCAUCGGGGUUUGUGAGUGAGAGAGAGACGAGCUCUCGAACGGGGAAAAGCUGGCGAGGCAGAUCGUGACGAGGGGGAAGAUUUCGGAGCUACUGGAAUUGUUGGUGCUGCGCUGGGCCAGAAUGUCGUUCUUCAGGGGUUUGUGGAAGAGCAGCUCGAAGCACAAGAAGCUAUGCGAGGAAUGGGCGCUGGCGAAUAGCCGCGAGUGCGUGGAGGGCGGCGGUUCAACGAGCACGACGCACGGAGAGGAAUCCGAGGAUGCGUCUGAGGCGAGGUUCACCCUCAAAUAUUUGGGCAGCACUCUCGUCGAAACGCCUUCAAGCGAGGAAGCCACAGCGGAAGCCAUCAAAACCGUCAUUACUAUGGCAAAAGCGAGCGGGAAAAAAUUGCAAAGGGUCUCUUUAGCUGUGAGCUUAAAAGGAAUUAGAAUGACGGACUUGGCCACCGAAGAAGAUCAACUUCAGGUAUCGAUAUACAGGAUUUCAUAUUGCUCGGCGGACGCGACGCACGAUCAUGUGUUCGCGUUCAUCGCGACGAAUCUCAACGAGACGAUGGAGUGCCAUGCAUUUCUCUGCCCGAAAAGAAAAAUGGCGCAGACAGUGACGCUGACUGUCGCGCAGGCCUUCAACACGGCUUAUCAGGCGUGGCAGUUGUCGCAGUCCGAUCCUAGGAUCCAUCACCCUCAGGAUAAGAGCCCUCCCUCGACGGAUGACAGGACCGAUAACAAUGAGAAGAAGAACUCCAGCGAGACAAAGACUACUACUGGCAAGAUUAAUGAGCAAAAUAAGCAGAACGGUCAACAGCGGCGUAACGACAGUCAGAAAAAUCUUUUAAUUGAUUUAUCAAACGAUCCCAAACCAGCGGGAAAUUCAUGGGUAUGCUUCGAGGAGGAUUCAGACGUGAAGAAGAGUCAGAAGAAAAGCGCGGUAAGCAAUAACAGUAUUCCUAUGACAACACUUAGGCACACGUCGUCCACCCCGGCUCAUCACGUGGUGCCUCGACCGAGCGCCGGCUUCAAGGUGCAAAACGCCUGGGGCGAAUCCAGGUCGGUCGAUCUGAUGUGUUCGUAGCAGGCAGGGUAGCCGGCGGCCGAUAGCUUCAGAGACGUGCCAUUGAUCACUGGCCUCUGGAGACACCUCUCGGACAACGGCCAAUCAAAAAAGACCAACGGCAAUCAUUAGAAUCUUCGUCGAACUGUCCCAGCUUUCGUACCUUCCGAUUGGAAGUUUAAAAUCCGAAAAGGCGACGAUCUUUAUCUUUUUAUCGAACCUGAGGGGAGACAGUGGUGAAUGCCGAAGCAGCGGUAUUUAUUUUUGUGUGAUCUUGCUCAGACUACAUUAAAUCCGAUAUGAGAUUUCUUGUAUCUGCUGGAAGAAUAAGAUUGCGGGUGAUUCCAACAUACGAUGACGAUGACGAUGAAUUUCUUUUUGAAGAAAGAGGACCAACCCGCAGUACAGAGAUCGCGGUAACCCGGGCGGGAUCAAUUUCUAAUGGAUUUUGUAUAAUGCGUACAAUAUACAUACAUAUACUUGUGCCAAUUACUUUACAUACAUAUCGCACAAAAAUUACUAAACGUGAGAACGUGAGUAUCAAGGCACUCACUUUUUAUCGUUUUUAAUGGUAUUAACUCUGGAAAUUAGAUUAAAAUUAGUGUCGUACAAUUCGCGUUUUUAGAAAGUCCAUGAAUGAAGAGCAAUUUUCAAUUCAAGAUUCAUCGGAGAAUUAAAAGUCUCGAUGUAGUGAUCCAGGUAGGUGCCUCUAAUAAACAAAGCAAAUUUUUAUAAAAUUAACUUCAUUAACGUCAUUUAUAAGUUUUACAUUUUUAAAAAUAAGUUAUAAUUAAUGAUUGAUUUUUUUCUGUCAAAACAAGAAAUUUAUGAAAAUUAUCAUGAAUACAUAAUUGCGAUAUAUAACGAAUAAUUUGAUAAGACUAUCUAGCCAAAUAUCUUGUCGAUAUUUUUAUGUUAUUGUACUUUAUUUGAUAUUUUGAUAGAAUAUGCGAUAAUUAUUGAGAAAAUACUCAAAUAUAUAGAUAGAAUUUAAAUUAAUAAAAAAAAGCCAUGUACUAUGUUGCAAUUUUUGCAAUAGGAAAUUAAUUUAAAAAGUUUUACGUGCAUCGUGAAUCACGUGCAUCAGUGCAAUUCGGUAACAAAAGACCGUCCAGAGGUUUACGGUUCCUAGAUGCACGGCAAAGCAUGGGAUAAGCGUUCUGUAAACAUCAAUAAUCAUGUACGAAUCACACCUUAUUGUUUACAGAGAGUCCUUUCAAUCGCCCUUUUAUAAAUUAAUUCCGAUUAAUUAUUGCAAGAAUUACAAAAUGGUGCAAAAUUUUUUUAUUUACUUUAAUCCACUUUACUUGUACACAAACAUUUUGUCAAUAAUUAUCACAUAUCCUGUAUAAUGUUAUUACAAAUAUUUUAUAAUUUUUUAACCGGAAUUAUAUCAAAUUAGUUUUCAUAUCAAAAUCUUCAAUUGUAAACUUAGGAAUUACAAUGAGCGUAUUUUUACUCACGGAAAUUGUAUUAUUUCAGUGAUCAAAAAUACGCGAACAUAUACCAAAUCUUGUGCUAAAAACGUAUCCCGUCCAAAUUGGAAAAUAUUGCUGCCAUAUUUUAAUCCCAUAUAUGAUUCGAAUGUUUUACACGAGUAUCUGUACAGUGCAAUGCGCGAAACUAAAUUACUUUAGAACAAUUUUCGAAUAAAUUCUGGUCACGUAAAAAUACGUAUUCCAGAGUUAAUACGUAUUUGUUAUUUUUAUUAAAAACGUACUAUGACAAAAGAUUAACGCGAAUAAAAUAAAGGGGAUUUGAGAAAAAUGCCAGGUUUCGUAGAUCGAUUCCCUAUUAUGGUGCUGGACAGGAAUGAUUCUUUACGAUCUUUACGCAAUUGUUGAUAGUCGAGCGUUUGAUUAAAUAGCUGGACUAUUUCUUGGUUGAAAUUCGUCGAAAUUUCUCGCAAAAACGACAUUCCUAAAUAAAAUAUCGAGGAGGCCAUGUUAUAAUUCAUGCGUUAUUAGAUGUAAUUUGCAAUUAGCUCAUAUAUGUUACUGGAAAUUUUAUAUUCCCCAGGGGAAUUUUUAUAUUCCGUUGGGAUCAAAUUUGCCAUAGGCUCGUUACGCCGAUUUCAUUGAUAAUCGGCGGUAAGCGGUUGCCAUCGAAAUAUUGCAAUAUUGUGUAUUUCAUAUUAAACAUUAAUGUGUUGAUGUACACGUCACGGAUAAGUGCGUGCGCGUAAUAGCUGAUAGAACGUAAUAAUGCUGCUAAUAAGGACCGUUAACAUGAUUUAGCGUUAACUAUAUUGAUAUUUAAUUUAUCGAUUGUUAAACCGUAAAUAUAUUGUAUUCUGGUUUUAGAUAUCGUAUCUGCGCGUAACUAUCGCAAUAACGUCAUAUCUUGAAUAGUGUUAAGGUUUUCAUUUCUGCGUGAUAACGAUUGUCGAUUCGGUUAUUUUUAUGAAGUAUGAUAUGGAGUAAAUUGCAGAAGGCUGCGUUCGAUUUCGAAGAAGAUAUAGCAGGUGUAAUACAUUAUAUGAUAACUUACUGUUUAUUAGUCAAUGUUAUAUUGUCGAGGAACAGCAUUUUUAGCAUUUUAUCGAAUCAAAUUAUAUCGAAUCUAAGAUAGUUAUUCUGGUGGCGAGUUUUCGUAGGUUUGUAGAAUUUAUCGCGAGACGAUGCAUGGCGCAGUCGAAAUGCUCUUUCGUACAUUAAUACCUUUUUAACCAAAUUCUCUAACAAGGGAAAAAUUUUUUUACAUAUAUUAUUUUCUUAAUAUAAAGAAAACUGAAUUUGUAGAUAUAUAAAUAAUGUGUGUUUAUUUUUACAUAAAAAUUUUUAUUAGUUAUUAUUAAUGAAAAAAGAAAUGCAAAGAAUUUGCAAUGUACAACAAAUUUUGUAAUAUAAAAAGUUAGAAGUUUGAAUUAGCAGUAUCACGAUAUGUUUAUGGUUAAAAAGGAAUUAAAAAGAAGUGUUUUUGACUGCGCUACUUUAUCACAUAUGAAUUAACAGCCAUGUAAAUUUUAGACACCUAACGUGUCAAAAAAUACAUGCGCUGAUAAAUAAUCAUCUCGAAGUGACGGUAAUUUUACAUAGCUGCGCAUUAAUCGCAUUUGUGCAUCGUAUUAUCACGGGAAUGUUAUAUACAUUUUUGCGCUAAAUGUUCGUAGUCCGUAAGAAAUACGAAAUCAAAUAUACGUAUGAAUAUCUGAAGUAUGCGUCUUCUAACGAGUUAUUAUUUCUUCAUAGAAAAAAAGAAACCCCCUUUUUGCGAUUUUUAAAACGAAUCUGAACGACUCAUUGUAUUUUGUAAUGAUUAAUUAAUCCUAUCAAUGCUAACUUUAUUUUACAUUCGACUAUAAUCACAAAAUAAACAGAGCAAAACUGUUCGUUCAAAAAAGGAUGAAGUGAUAUGAUAUGAAAGAGAAAGAAAAUUAUGCUUUAACAGAAAUUUAUUGUUUCAAUACAUCACGAGUGUAACUUGUGAAAAGGAAUAAUUCCCCAGACGUUCUGGUAAAUCGAAAAGAAGUAUUACGUACACGAGGAUAGUUUCUAAUUUGUAUAUGUAUUAUUUUUAGAUUAGCUUCUUCUUAGCCGAUUUAUAUAGAUAUCGUUCAUCAUAUUUUCAUAACUUUUUUCUUCUAAUGGAUUUUUAUAAAAACCAGAUUCUUGCUUUCAAAAAUGAUAGAUCCUUUUAUCGACUAUUUUAAUGGGCUCUUUUAGGAAGUAUCAAUCAAACUAAUGAUAUAAACAAGUUCUCGAGAAGAUAUUUUCGUCUGAGAUAAACACAUUAUUCUGAAAAUGUGUUCAGAAUAUUUUGACAAUUCUUAUACAUUAGGUAUCGUAAUAUUGUAGUAAUAUUCGGAAGACAUCUGAGAAUAUUGUGUAAAUUCCCGAAACGCGCACAUUUCGAUGCUGCAAUCUCAAAAGCUUGAAAAAUAUUCCGAGAAAUUUCUGCCGGAUUUAAAUACACGUACAAAUUUAAAUUCGACUUAUCCCUUGCUAGUUAUAGAAACGCUCUUAGAAAAUUGAUAAUGUAACGUUUUACGUUUUUUUCUCGGAAUAUAUAUUUGCAGAAUAUCUUCUCGCCUCGCACUGACAGUUCGAUAUUAACAAUGUGAAAAGUCCUCGUGUUCAUGCUUUGAAAACUCACUGACACUUUCUAAUUAGCGACGGAAUAUAUCGCGUAUAUAUUUAAUAUACAUAUUACACAUCGUAAUUACGCCUGGGUGCCUCGUCUUUUCUCUCUUUCCUGUUGUCUAUCUCCUCAUAUAAAUACUUAGCGAUUAUUGUUUUUUUUUUUCAUUUAUGGGAUCCUUAUGUUUAAUUACUAUCUCGUUUUUCUAUCGGCGUUUAACAAUCGCACACGCCGCACGAGAACCACACUUCACAAUAACAACAGGUGUAUUCAAAAAUAAUUGCACUCCACGCGGCAAACUAUUUCUUAUCAACCUAGCGCAACAAUAGCUAUACGGUAAUCAUAAAUUGAUCGUAAAAUUACAUAACUACAUAAUUCGCGGCCGUGACGAAUGGCGCGAAAUAAUCCGUCUCUUUCUCUUUCUCGGUAUAUAAAUAAAUCUUCUAAAUUACAUUUCCCGUGUGUGCGCAAAAAUCCAUGUGCAUAAUAUACAGUGGUACGUAUAAAAGUCUCGUCUCUUCGACGGAAGCUCUUCAAGUUGCAGAAUGCAAGGAAUAGGUUGAUUAUAUCUUGCGAGGUUCUCGUACGGCAUUUCGAGCACGCCAAAUUUGAAGAUAUCCAACGAUACGCAAAAUGUCGCGUAAAUAAAUCCAAUCAUAUCUUCAAACUAUAAAAAGAGAGCUUGAUUCGAUUAUUUCGCAAUAUUAAAAAAAAAAA